AUGGCCAAGUACAUUGACCAGCCUGCGUCCAAGUUCACAAUGAGCAAUCUACACCGCUCUGGUCAGCGGUUCAAGAACUUUCCUUCUGCACUUUACGCUGUGGAUGUUACGUUUCAGCCCACGUUCGCCCCAGCGGGCGGCUUUGCGGAAAAAAAGCGGUUCUUUAGCAAGAAGCACGGACAGUAUGGACUCAAGGUGGAAGCCAGUGUCCUUCCGAAUGGUUUGGCCAUCCAUGUCAGCCCGGCCGUACCUGGCAGCGUUGCGGACAUCUCCAUUUGUGAGUCCAUGGAGGACUUUCACAAGGCCCAGCUCACGAAAGCGGAUGACGAUGUUGCCAUGGAGGACGGGGGCCCGUUGUCUCAAGAGUAUCCAAGAACUUGGGCUGUCCUUGCAGACAAAGGAUACCAGGGUUUGCAUCGGCAUCUUCGUGCAAUCACGCCAGCGAAACGCCCACCUGGUGGACUCUUGUCCGUAGAAGAGAUGGCUAACAAUGACAAGAUCGCCAGUGAUCGGUUAAGUAUUAUCGUUGUCUAUAGCAACAGUCAGCGCACAGCCAUCCCCUCGACGGGGGGCUUGAUCGACCUCUUCAGCUUCCUCCUCAGGCAGGAAGUGUCCACAAUCCCUGCCACCUCAUCCUAUGGCCGUUGGUCUUCAGGGAUCCAGGCACGUGAGAGCCCCAUGUCGACAGUGUGGUUGUCAACACUGGGUGAUACCGCAUACCUGUAG